AUGCCCAGCUGCGAGCGGAUUCCGUCACACCAGUUCCACAGCGUGGAGUCGCGACGCCACACGGGUAAUUGCGUGCGGGACCUCUCACGCAGCAAGGAUUUUCAACGCUACAUCAGCCAUGUAGAGUACAGUGAGUCGUUGCAGUCGACGUGGUUUGUCGCCCCGAUUGGCCUGACGAUGGCCCUCUACUACCACCUGCUAUUUGUCCUCCACGACACACAGGCGGUGCCGUUUGGGAGGCCUGAGGCUAACGCCAUCCCCUCCUUACCGGUCACGGCUCUGCUACUCUUCUUCAUUGCACCGUGCGUUGUCAUAGCCCCCUUUACUGGCUUCUUUGAGCCCCUCUCGCAUCGGGGAGCUUUGCGUCUAGUGGCGCUUUUGACGCUUGUCAACUUUGCCGUGGUUUCGUUUGGCGGCAUGUGGCUACACCACCCGCCGUUCCUCCUCACUGCACCGCCGAUACCGUGGAUCACCGGAAAGCCUUCUGAGGCGAGGCAACUGUUUACGGCCACGCUAAUCCGCGCCCUGCCCCUGCAUGGUGGCGUUUUGGCGGGGUGGCUGGUGUACGCGUGGAGACAAAUGUGGUGGGGGAGAGCGUGGCAUGUGCCAUUGCCGCUUGUUACUGUUCCUAUUCUCGUUGGCGUUUUCAGUUGCCUUUGGUUUUGUCUCACGAGUCGUCUUAUCACGGUCGUGACGACAUCAUCUUUCGCGUCCCCUCUGGGGGGCGUUGCUGAGGGAGUCGCGGGUGGUGCGGUGGGCAGCCUCCCCUCGCUGGUUUCAGCGCUUCAGCAGGAGCUACGCAGUGCCUUUGACUGGCGUUCCCUGGCUGGGCCACUCUCUGAGCGCUGCUUGCUGUACCCGGCAUGGUGCGCCGCCUUGUCCCUCUCCGUCGCCUACGCCCUGGGCCUGCUCUUGUCCUCGGUUUCGUGUGUCUUCAGGGGCCUCCUCUGGCUGCUCCCCACGCACCCAACGACGUGGGGGUUGUGCCUUACUUCUUGUCUCGUCGGGGCCUACGCGUUGCUGCAGAGCGACGGCGGCAAAAUGUGGCACGUUUUGGGCCUCCUCACAACCGCGUGCACGCUUCUUUGCAACGGCUUUGUGCUGAAUCCUUGA